AAGAUGGAAGGUUGGGGUUUCUCUAAGUUGCAGCUCCCUUGUUAGGGCUGCCCUUGGGCUACAUUGCGAGUUGUAUAAGGCUUUACGUUGGUUGCCGGAGGGACGUUUCUCCGCUCCCGCCCUGCUUUUUGGAGGAUGGCAAGGAAGCGGCAGGAGCACGUGCUCACUACGAAGUGAACGAGCAAGGACACAUCACCUCCGCUUAAAUAUGCACAGAAUAGCACUGUAAACGCGAGGAUAUCGUGUUAGUCUAACCAGAGGAUUGCAAAAAGUGCAUCCCUUAUUCCGGCCGGGCCAUCAUUCCUGCCGAACCAAUUCAAGACCUGAAUCCUAAACACGUGGCUUCCUAAAAGUACGGUACCCAACAGGCUUGAAUUCAAGGAAUGGCAUUCCAGGCACUAAAUGCGAACCGUCGCAUGCAGCGUACAGCAACACUUUCUCAGCAAGUUCUGGAGCGAGCAAAAAAAAGGAAAUUGUACUGGUGCCUGCCUUCUCAUCACCAAAGCAGGACCUUUCGGGGAGAGGCUGAUGUUUCUCUUGAAGCUGCUUUUGCUGCAGUUGCUGAACACCUGGCCUGUAUCUCUGCAGUAUGCGAGAAUUACUACUGUUCAGUACCACCAUUUCAGUUUGACGAGAAUGAAAUUGAACAUAUUUUUCGCUACCACAGCAGGGAAGCAUCUCAAAACUUGCUAAGAACAUUUGAAGAUGAGGAAAGGAAAAAUGCUCCAGUAGUGGAAAAGCAAAACGUUACAAGAGUGAAAAAGCCUGAACGUCACAAAACUGAAGCAACUGCUUUAACUGAACCAACUGCUUUAAUUUCAGCUCAGCCGUCUGUAUCAGAAGAGAUCCUCAUUGAAGUGUCACCUGGCUCAUAUAUAAUCAACACAACUUCAUAUGAUGACACAAUCAAAGAAGCACACGUAGUAAAUGUUCAGCCAGGAGAAAGUGUAAAUCUGGUUUUUCAUUUACCUCCUAAGAAUGAAAAUUAAAAUCAAUUUCAAUGUCUGAGGUGUCAUCUUUUCAUACCUAAUAUAUUGAGUAUUCUUCUCUACCUUACUUUUUAACUGUUAUAGCUUGAACUUGAUUAACAUUUGCUGCAAUUUGAAUCAUGAAUGUAUUUUUACUUUUGUGCUAUGCAAUUCUUUGUACCUAAUAAAUUGUGAUAAUGAUAUUGCUUUUUUAUGAA